AUGGCUUCAAACCAUGAUCACAGGUCUCCUUUCAUGGACUGGCCUAAUGAUGCAGGCUUCGAGGCUACUGCCGAGUUUCCUGAGCCCGUUGAAUUAGUUGUCACGGGCUCAAUGCCUUGCCAGGUCGCCGGAACGCUCUACCGAGUAGGCCCCGGAACCUACAAAGUGGCGGGUAGCAAGUACCAGCUCAGUCACUGGUUCGACGGGUUCACGCAUCUUCAUCGCUUCCAGCUAGUGGCGCAGCCUACUGGAACCUGCAGGGUGUUGUAUAACUCACGACGGCAAGUUGAUAAACUGGUCGAAGAAGCACGCAAGUCGGGGACUCUUGAGGGCGUUACCUUUGGCCAGAAACGAGAUCCAUGUGCAAGCAUUUUCCAAAAGGUCAAAAGUUUCUUUCGUCCCGCUUUCAAUACCAAAGACCCAGGGCUCGUCAACGCUGGAGUCACUGUCCACGCAAAUGUCGACCCUGAGACCCUGGAGCCGACAGGGGUGACUCGCCAGGAAGCGUUGCACCCCGAUCUGCGAGGUCCACUUUCGUGUGCUCAUGCCGCGCUCGACCCUACAUUUGGAGAUAUGUACAAUUAUAACCUCGACUUUGGCAGGUACGCAACCUACCGAGUUUUCCGAACCUCUGCUGCCAGCGGCCAGACGGAUAUCCUUGCAACCAUUUCGGGCCCAGCCGUCAAACCGGCGUAUCUCCACUCCUUCUUUCUCAGCCCAGAUUAUGUGAUCCUGUGUAUCUGGCCCUGUAUUUUCGCGGCAGCUGGCGUCAAGGUGUUGUGGGAGAGAAACAUGGUGGAUGCCAUGAGAUUCGACCCCAGCGUUCAGACGCGCUGGUAUGUCGUCGAUCGAAAAGAGAACCGAGGGGUCGUGGCCACCUUUUUGAGCCCAGCCUUUUUCAGCUUCCAUACCAUCAAUGCAUGGCAGGCUGACAACGGCGAUGGAACGGUGGAUAUCAUGUGCGAUAUCAUUCAGUAUCCUACCGACGAGAUGAUACAGCGCGGAUAUUAUGAAGCGAUGGUCUCCACCGGUAGCGACGUGGAGAAGUACUUUGGCAGUGAAGCCUCGCGGCCCAGCUUGGUCCGCUAUUGUCUGUCUAGCGUGCCCAAGGAAUCCCCGCUCAAGAUACCGACCGACGAUGCAAAGUUACCCCAAGCAGACAUACAGUUGAGAAUCGAAGCUGAAGGCGUUGGAGACCUUCCCACCAUCAACCCUUGUUUUGCUGGCAAGAAGGCGCGAUACGUAUACAACGUCAUCAACCGGGGAAAAUCUUCCUUUUUUGAUGCCAUCGCAAAGAUUGAUCUGGAAACGCAAAAGGUCCUGAUCUGGAGCAAUGAACAUCAUACUCCUGGAGAAGCUGUCUUUGUUCCAAACGGACAGAAUGAUGCUGAAGAUGCCGGGUACCUGCUCAGCAUCGUUCUUAAUGGUGACACAGGCACCAGCUACCUUCUCUGUCUCGAUGCGCGUGACAUGACGGAAGUAGGGCGAGCUGAUUGUGCUGCAGCGGUGGGCUUCGGUUUUCAUGGAACACAUUACCCUCUUCAUCAAUAG